AUGUUGCUGUAGAAUGAGUGAAUUUCAGCCUUCCUGUCAGAAUGCUACACCAGACUUCUUCAACAGGUCUUCAAAUGGAAAACAUCAUUAUCAGGUGAUCAAUGCUGCAGACACAAUCAUCCUUCCCUCUCUGAUUGGGAUUAUCCGUUCAACAGGGUUAGUUGGAAAUAUCCUCAUUGUGUUCACAAUAAUAAGAACUCAGAAGAAAACUAUCCCAGAUAUCUACAUCUGCAAUCUGGCUAUAGCAGAUUUGGUUCAUAUCAUUGGCAUGCCCUUCCUCAUUCACCAAUGGGCAUGUGGAGGCGAGUGGGUGUUUGGCAGCCUUCUUUGUACCAUCAUUACCUCCCUGGACACAUGCAACCAGUUUACAUGCAGUGCCAUUAUGACUGCAGUGAGUUUGGACAGAUACCUCGCUCUUGUCCAGCCAUUCUGCCUAACCCACCUGCAAACAAGAUCAAAGACAAUUCGAGUCAACUUUUGUUUAUGGGUAGCAUCACUUAUUCUGGUGUUCCCUGUAUGGGUCUACUCAAAAGUAAUAAAGUUCAAAGAUGGUUUAGAGUGUUGUGCUUUUGAUCUGGCCUCACAUGGUGAUGUUCUCUUGUAUACACUUUAUACAACUUUAUACACUAUAACAACUUUCUUUUUUCCUUUGCCACUGAUAUUUAUUUGCUACAUUUUAAUUUUAUGUUACACAUGGGAUACGUAUCAGCAAAACAAGAAAGCAGAAAGAUGUUAUAACACCAGUAUCCCCAGGCAAAGAGUCAUGAAGCUCACUAAGAUGAUGUUCGCUCUGGUCAUUGUGUUUGUGGUAACCGCUGCCCCAUUCCAUGUGAUCCAGCUUGUGAAUCUUCAGGUUUCUCACCCAACUCUAACCUUCUAUGUGAGCUACUAUGUCUCCAUCUGCCUCAGCUAUGUCAGCAGCAGCAUUAAUCCAUUUCUCUACAUCCUGCUCAGUGGGACCUUCCAGAAGCUUCUCUGGAGGUGCAUAAACAUGGAAGUAAGGAUGGCAGAAGGGGGUGUCAAACACAUUGAAAACACCCUGAAGUCAAGUUUUUGA